AUGCCUGAAAAGCAAGCGACACAGGAGGAAGGGUGUUUUGCGGUCACAUUUGAGAGAAAAUACUACCACCGUGGAGGAUCCUUCAUCAAGAGAACCUUGAGGCCCAGGGAGUUCCGCACCGGGCAUCGAGGUCUUCAUAUACCUCGCUUUCGGAAGGAGAGCGUUAUGAAUGAAGCAGAGUCAUUGCGGUAUAUUCGCCAAAACACCAACAUUCCAGUCCCGACGGUAUACUGCGACUUCGAGGACGACGAUGCUUAUUACCUGGUCACGGAGUACGUCGAGGGUGUGAGCAUGUCGGACCUGACAGAGGACCAGAAGGCCGUCGUGCGUGAGGAGCUCCGGGGCCAUCUCGCGACGCUCCGGACCCUCAGGUCCAACAGGCUUGGUGGGCCGUUGGGGAUCGUGAUCCCCCCGUAUCGAGUCCUGCGGCACACAGAGACGGACCGCUGGCGCUUGAAACCCUCCGAUCAUGACGAAUAUGUGUUCUGCCACAACGACUUGUCCCAGCAGAACGUCAUUGUCGACCCGGAAAUGUUGAGGAUUAAUGCCAUCAUCGACUGGGAGUACGCGGGGUUCUACCCGGCUCGCUUCGAGUGGCCGUUUUACACUAGACUUGGCCCUUCUGUUGCUGGGAAGGACGAAGUUGAUGAUUCCAUAGAGCUGCUUGAUUUCCUCAAAUCACAAAGCGAAAAUAGAGACGGGGUCUGA